GAGACUGAGAGAGAGAGAGAGAGAGAGAGAGAGAGAGGGGAGGGCAGCAGAGGGAGGAAAAAGGCUUAAUUAAUUCAGGGUGGAUGGGAGGGAUGUUGCUGCUGUCCCCGACGAGGCUCCAGUGCCUCCGCUGUCGUGCUGCGUGUAGCCGCGUGUUUGUGUGAGCAGAGAGGACGACUCGGCUGCUGCUGCCUGCUUCCUGGGAACCAGACACCAGUCCAGCCCGGCCGCGGCUCCUCAUCCUGGAGCCCACUGCCUGCCUGACCGACUAGCUGGGUCUUCGCUAGACGACCAAACAGGGAUGUUACAUGGACUAUAGUGGGAGCAGCAAUGGCCAGAGGUCAGAGAAGGUGUUUUUUUGUUGCAGACCUGCUGAGUAACCUUGUGCCAUCUCCGAGUCACGAGGAGUAGUUAGUUACUGUGGCAGACAGUCACCAUACACACCUUGAUAUCCAUUAUCCUCACUGCCACAGGCCCGCUGAGCAGCUCCCAUAUCUACUAGCAAACUAAAAUCAAUUUAUUUUUCUAUCCUUUUUGUUUUUGUAUUUUGGCAUUCAAAGUGACAAAUUCAACAUUUGGAGCAUCUCAGCAACAUUCAGUACGUGAAAGCAACUAAACACAUUGUCAUCUUCCCAGUUUUCUACUCCUGUGGCCUCAGUUAUUUCAACUUUCAACCUCCUAUGUGCUCGCAAGGUGCUUGAUGUAAAGAGGCAGCGAUGACAUCCCAAAACCUCUUCGCCUCAGUCUUAUUACACAACUUGACCCAAGGAUAACCAUCAACCCCCCAAGCAGCACUCGUGGACCGACACACUCCCAGACACAGAGCCCUGCCCCUGGCUUCAGGCAGGAUGGGAGACGGGAGCUGGGUAUGUCUGAGCCCAGCUGAGUUUUCCCAGCUGCAACAAUACAGCGAGUACUCCACAAAGAAGCUGAAGGAUGUGCUGGAGGAGUUUCACGGUGAAGGAGUCCUUUCCAAAUACAACCCAGAACAGCCCAUUGACUAUGAGGGCUUCCAGCUCUUCAUGGCCACAUACCUGGAGAAUGACAUCCCAGAAGAGCUGUGUCAGCACCUCUUCACCUCCUUCAAAAGCAAGACGGGAGGCUGCUCUCCUGCUCAGUCUCGUGCAGGAACGAGCUUACUGGGGAUGAACGGGAAAAGCAUCCUGUCUGCGAUGGGCCGACACACACCGGAGCACUCCACUGUGAUGAGCACCGCAGGCUCGGGAGCCACCACCUCCCCUUGUUCAUCUUGCUCCUCCUCGCAGCGUUCAGGGACAGGGGCCCAUACACCUGGGGGCCCACACCGAUCACCCUGCACCCAGGUCAAAACCUCAGAGGCCAGCAGCAAUGCCCUGACCCCCAACGCUGUUCCUGCCAGGUCACCAGUGUCCCCCAAACUUUCGCCAGAGAGGAGCCACUCUGAGAAGCAUUUGUCACUGCGGAGGAGCCCGUCGCCCCAGAAAAGCUCCCCCCUGCCGUCGCCCCAGGUGGUCUUUCUCAAGGACAUCGUCUGCUACCUUUCCCUGCUAGAGAGGGGGACGCCAGAGGACAAGCUGGAGUUCAUGUUCCGGCUGUACGACACAGACGGCAACGGGGUUCUGGACAGCUCGGAGCUGGAUCGCAUCAUCAAUCAGAUGGUGCAUGUGGCAGAGUAUCUGGAGUGGGAUUCAACAGAACUGCGACCGAUACUGAAGGAGAUGAUGGAAGAGAUCGACUACGACAGAGAUGGGACAGUCACACUGGAGGAGUGGAUCAGAGGAGGCCUCACCACCAUCCCUUUACUGGUCCUGCUGGGCAUGGAUACGAAUGUACAGGAAGACGGGCAGCAUGUUUGGCGUCUGAAGCACUUCAACAAACCAGCCUACUGUAACUACUGCCAUACCAUGCUGCUCGGAGUUCGCAAGCAGGGCCUCUGCUGCUCCAUAUGCAAGUACACAGUGCACGAACGCUGUGUGUCCAAAGACAUUGCUGCCUGCAUCAGCACCUACGCCAAGUCACGUAGACACACCAACGCUAUGCAGCAUGUAUGGAUGGAGGGUAACUCUCCUACAAAGUGCGACCGCUGUCACAGAAGCAUCAAGUGUUACCAGGGCCUAACGGGCCUGCACUGUGUCUGGUGUCAGAUCACUCUCCAUAAUAAGUGUGCAUCUAAUGUGAAGCCAGAGUGUGAUGGAGGAGCCUUGAGGGACCACACUCUGUUGCCCUCGUACAUCUGCCCUGUUGUCCUGGACCGUCAUUCUGUGGUGAAGCGUGGUGAGGGGGAGUCGCCACCCAGCACCAGCCCUGAUGACACCAAUCAGACUUUCAAAUUCUCCCCUGGAGACGGACAAGCACUGCAGAUCACCCCUCUCCCAGGUACUCACCCGCUCCUGGUCCUGGUCAAUCCCAAGAGUGGAGGGAGACAGGGGGAGCGGGUACUGAGAAAGUUCAGGUACCUACUAAACCCCAGGCAGGUGUACAGUUUGGAUCGAGGGGGACCAAUGGUAGGGCUCAACUUUUUCCAUGACGUCCCUGAUUUCCGGGUGCUUGCUUGUGGAGGUGAUGGCACCGUGGGCUGGAUCCUCGACUGUAUAGAUAAGGCCAACUUUGCCAGGCACCCUCCAGUGGCCAUCCUUCCUCUGGGCACAGGGAACGACCUGGCACGCUGCUUACGCUGGGGAGGAGGUUAUGAGGGUGGCAGCUUGCUGAAGUUCCUCCGGGACAUUGAGCACAGCACAGAGGUGGUGCUGGACCGCUGGAACAUAGACAUCGUCCCUGAUGACAAGGAGGAGAAGGGAGACCCUGUCCCCUACAGCAUUGUCAACAACUACUUCUCUAUUGGAGUGGAUGCCUCCAUCGCCCAUCGCUUUCAUCUGAUGCGGGAGAAGCACCCUGAAAAGUUCAACAGCAGAAUGAAGAACAAGCUCUGGUACUUUGAGUUUGGUACCACUGAGACCAUAUCUGCCACCUGCAAGAAACUUAACGAAUGCAUAGAAGUCGAGUGCGACGGGAUCAUCUUGGACCUCAGCAAUACCUCCUUAGAGGGCAUCGCCGUGCUCAACAUUCCUAGCAUGCACGGCGGCUCCAACUUGUGGGGCGAGUCGAAGAAGAGGAGGAACUACAACCGCAUGAGCAAAAAGGUUCCUGACAGGAUGCCAGCCAGCACCGUCACAGACACUAAAGAGCUCAAAUUUUGUGUGCAAGACCUCAGUGACCAGCUGUUAGAGGUGGUUGGCCUUGAAGGGGCGAUAGAGAUGGGACAGAUCUACACUGGACUGAAGAGUGCAGGACGCAGACUGGCUCAAUGUGCCAACGUCACCAUCAGGACGUCCCGACGGCUGCCCAUGCAGAUCGAUGGCGAGCCCUGGAUGCAGCCCCCCUGCACGAUCAGGAUCACGCACAAGAACCAGGUCCCCAUUUUACUGGGCCCGCCUCAGAAGACACCGUUCUUUUUCUUCAAAAAACGCAACCGGAGCCGCGACUAGGACACAUGCAUGCAUACCCAAACACAAAACAACACACAUAUACAGUACAUAUAUGCACACAUACACAUGCCACCCACUGUAUAGGCAGCUCCAUCAGGUGACUGGUACACUGUUCCAAGCUUGGAGUUUGAAAGUGGGAUGUUCAGUAACAGGGUUACAUUGACAAGUGGAGCAUUCCUAAAGUCAGGAUGCCUACAGACAGUUUAUUCUCAAAGGAACCUGCAGUGAUAGCAACUGAAAUGCAAGACUCUCAGUAUACAGUACCGACCUAUUCCUGUGUAACCAUCAUCCUCUAGUCUUGUCUCUAAACCGCCGCCCCAGCCAUGGAUUUAGUCUGAGCCACUUGCAACAGCCAAGUCUCUCAGUCCAAGCGCCCCCUGCCCAAAAGCCAUAUGCCAGUACUGCCAUGCCUGCUAAACACAACUUUGGCCCCUGGGAUUCACUCACAGUCCCUGAAUGAAGUAAAGAAAGUGCUAGUGAGGGGAUGGAGGGUUAAAGAAGCAGGUUGUAUGAUGAGCCAGUAGAGAAAGAAAGAGCUCCAACACACUACAGAAGGGGAGAAAGAGAAGAAGUGUGGAAGUGAUCGUGGUUGUUUACAAGGCUGGUGAGUAAAUAGAGUAAGAUCCACCUCUGCGUUAAAACACCUGUAUGAAUAAUGAAACAGCGGUUGCUUGCUCCAGGGCCUCCCCACAGACUGACAGCACGGUACAGCAGAGGAGAGGAGUGGAAAAGCCUCAUCCAUUAUUGACUCAUUUUGUUUGUGGGUUGAUGGCAGUGGGGUGUAACAGUGGCCUGGUAUGGGUGGAAACAUGCAGGGAUUUUAGCCCCUUAGCAUCACUGGCCUGCAUAUUUACAGACUGUGUAGAUGAUCUGGUGGUAGACUUCAGGCAGAGGACGGGCCUGUCCAGUUAUCACUAUAUAAAUUGACCAGAGUCUAAAUUGAAAGUAGAGAUUGGAGACAUUGUAGUUCAUCUUUGCUUUCUUAAGAAACUCAUUUGUCCUAUGUGGUUGAUGAACUCCAUCCAAAUCGAAUCAACAACAGCUCCUGUGCACCGUAUGCCGUAGGACACUUCUAGUGGGUCAAGGAUUGAAACAAAUCCCUUCAAGGGUAUAACAGCAGGGCCCCCAGGGUUUUUAUUUACCAGAGCAUUGACAGGGGAACUAAAUUUAUCCCUCUAUUUCAGGGAGGGUCUAUCGCUCCUCCAGUGAAACCUUACGCCUAAUUACCGUGUCAAACAUCAACUCACAAUGUCAAGUGUGCUGUCAGAGUGCAAAUCCCAGAGCCUGCCCCUACUGCAGUGUGCUGGGUGGCAUUAAUGCUUUCAUGAUUUGUUUAACUACACCAAAUAAAGAUGUGAUGGCAAUGGAGGAAACAGACAAAAUAGGAGGAAUUGUGUUUGAAGAUGGAUAUAUCAUUCAGAAACAGCUGACCAGGGAGCUUAGUUCAGUGUGUAUAAAGAAUGUAUACAUAUUACUGUCCCCACAAUAUGGCAAAUUAUAUUACACAGUAUGUGCAGAAAGAGUAUAUGUAUAUUUCUGGAAAGUAGGUGUAGCUCACAUAUACUGUACACAAGAAUGUGUUUUUAAUAUAUCAUUGUUAUUAAUGUGGAAUUCCUAGUGUAGAGGGGUUCAGAUCAGUAUUCUUCACCGUACAGAGCUGCUACAGUCACUCUCUGAAGGCAGUUUUCCACUUUGUCUAAUUCAGAUUAUUUAAGUGAAUAACAACAUUGAAUUAAGUGUUGUAUCAUCUUCUCUCCUCAACUUGGCUUCUUCCUUGCUUGUAGAAUAAACAGGAACAACAAAUGCACCACAAUUACAGAAUGUGUGACAAAAUAAUCUCAUGGUUCACAUACUAGCUGUUUCAGAGCUUUACACAUGGUCUUCGUCAGCAAAUGGAGCUGGCUCAAGCGAAAGUAGAGCUAGACCAAUAAUAAAGCUUAUUGCAGAUAUAUUGAAAUUGGUGUAUAUGUCCGCUGACAUGAAGCAAGAAAUUGCAGUACAGAAAUGUCAAAGAUACUCUGUGUUUUGAAAAACAGAGUCAAUUUGAAAAACAGAGUCAACAUCCAUGUUAGUGGCUCUAUGAGGCUGUACUAUAGCUGUGCUUUGAGCUAAAUGCUAAUGUCAGCAUGCUAACAUGCUCACAAUGACAAUGUAAAUAUGUUGAUCGUAGAAAAGGUUUCGGUCGUAGUCAUCUGGACCCUGUUUUCGGAAUCAAGACGUUUCGGCUCCCAUCCGGGAGUCAUUCUCAAUUGUGAAAAAGGUUUCUAAAUGAAACUCUGGAAGACUCCUUCCUGAGGGCAGGGCUUAAGUAACACAGAGUAGCUUAAAUUUCUGAUUUCUCAGACCAUUUUUCACAAUUGAGAAUGACUCCUGGAUGGGAGCCGAAACGUCUUGAUUCUGAAAACGGUGUCCAGAUGACUACGACUGAAACCUUUUCUACGAUGGAACACUCCUGGACGAAUGAGGGACUACACCGUCUUAACAUGUUGAUGUUAAGCAGGUAAUGUUCACCAUGUUCUCUGUCUUAGUUUAGCAUGUUAGCAUGCUCAUAUUUGCUAAUAAGCACUAAACACAAAGUUCAGCUGAGGCUGAUGGGAAUGUCAUCAGUUCUGCAGGUAUUUGAACCAAAGUAUUGGACGAAUUAAAAUGUUGACCUGAUGGUGGCUCUAGAUGAAAAGUUAACGUAUCAUUUAAGUCAUUACAAUUCAUCCUGAGGGGGACAUGAAUGUCUGUGCCAAAUUCCAUGGCAAUCCAUCCAGUAGUUGUUGGGAUAUUUCAGUCUGGACCAAAGUGGUGGACUGACCGACCAACAAACCAAAAUUGCGAUCCCUAGAGCCAUGCACGGCUAAAAACAGUGUCUCCAUUACAUAGUUAGUCUAGUUUAUUUUUCAACUGUAAAAUGUCCCACACAGAACAUAUCUUGGUCAGAAAUCUUAGAAAAAAAAAACAUUUAGGGGAUCCUUAUCAACGAAUAUCGAAUAUCAACCGAUUUAUUGUCAUCAGAUUUUUGUUACUCUCAAACAUCGAUAUGGGCUUCAGAAAAAGGUUGUAGGUAAAGGUAAUACAUGGACCAUGAGUUGAGAUUAUUUCGUCACACACACACUAAGGUCAAGAAUGAACUUUCAUGCUCAAGAAAUCUCAAUCCAAACUGACUAAUACUACACACUGAUACCUUAAAAAUGUAAAGCUCAAAGAGAAUGUAAAUGUGUGAAUGUUAAAACUCAAAUGAUCUAUAUGUGAUGUGAGUUAGACGUUUGUGGAAAACUGUCUUGCACCCUGCUGAAAUGUAAGUGUUAACAGUGCAGGGCAGAGGGAGACUGAGGAGAUGUUCUGAUGGUACAAACUGAGCUCCACUUUAGGGUCAGGCUUUGAUGCCUUUAUACCCUGUUUCCCUUUAAAACACACUAAGUCAUUACUCUCGCACCCAGGCCCCAUCAAAACAGACAGGAUGUCCAGUGUAUCCUCAUACACUGUAGAUAUUUCCCCACCCAGAUGUGAUGUGGGGUUCCUCCGAACAGCAUCAACAUCAACUGGGGUGGAGUUCAGGUUAGUCAUGUGUCACUUUCAUCCAUCAAAGUGGUUUAUGUUUAAAUAUACACCAACUGAAAGCCAUUUAACAUAACUGGCAUAACCUUAAUGCUACAACAACACUGUGGGAAUGUCACAAGAAAAGAAAUACAGCACAUCAUUAUCUUUUUCUCUUUAAUUUGUAGUUGUCCCCAAUGGAGCCUGGGCGCCAAGAGAACUCAGUGGGAAAAGAGUGCAUGUUUACAGUAACUUUACAUUUAUUGAAAUGAUGGUUUUAGACAGCUAUAUUACCAAGUGUAUAUAUUUGUUUAUAAUAUUUUAUCUGAAGUUAUCUUACAUCACCGCAUGCCUGCUGAAACAAAAGGAGAGUGAACAAAAAGGAGUGUGUGGAUCAGACUAUUCAAACUUAUUUCUUUGCUUAAAAAUUCCAUUUAUCUGAUAUAUUUAUUUGUUGUGGUUUUCAUUUUUUUGGCAGCAUGUUUAUAAUCAUGUGCAAGAAAAGGCAGGGAAGAAGCUGUCUUGUUACAUAAAAAAAAAAAAAAGAAAUUCCCAGACGUUUCUAACAUUACAACAUCCAUUUGUGAUUUAUUGUCAGAUCUAAGGGCAGCAACAUGAAAGCCCACACAGCCUGUCUGAGUGAAUUUCCAAUGUGUGUCACAACUCAUGUCUAUUCCUGUUCUUUGAAGUAAUCAAUUGCCUUAACAAAUAAAUGGACCCGCUCUGUGCUCACAGCUUUGCACAGGGCUCACACAGAAGACAGAGAAACGUAGAAAACAUGAAAUCGCAUAAACGAUUGUCGAUUUGUAGCAACAUUUUCAAUAACAUAUUGCCCUAAAAAUUACCAAAAAAGGAAUUGCUUUAACCCAAACUGUCAACAGCUGACCCACAGCAUUUAGACAAAGAAAAUCCAGAUGGUUUUAUCAAUAUUUGGCAACCCAGCAUUGUCUUUUUUGUGUCACCCUAACCUUCAGUUAGUAGCAGAGGUUGGUCCCCAUCAUGGUAAGGGACUGAUGUAAUUUGCUGCCACUGAGCUGACCUUUAUUGGCAAACAAGGGAGGUGAUAUCUGUGUCUGUCUUUACCUGCAGAUCGAGUUUCCUGUGACACGCUGUCUUUAAGGCUAAGGCAACAAAUCCCAUGAAAAAAGACCAAAACCAACAUCUCUCAAUACCCUGUCUGUGGCACUCAGUCCCAAGCCCAUUUGUUCUCACGGAAUACUUAACUCUUUAAAAACAGGUCACAUAUAUUUUGUUUAUUUUUUUAAGGCUCAAUAAUUUCCUAAAACAGCUGGGCACUGUAGUUUUUAGCAAACAUUACUUAAAGGAGUAGUAAAUUUGUUGGGGACUAUUUUCACAUCAUACACAUUUGGUGCUCGAUUGAGUAGAGGAGGACGGUUUUAAGUGGGAUUGACUCAAAAACUACAGUGCCCAUGUUCAUGGUAAUGAAGGAACAUGUCACCCAGUGCAACAGGGUGGCUCAUUGAUGUGUUUUAAAUCAAUAUUUGGACAAAAAGUAGGUAUGUGGCACAGAGAAUUCAUGUGUAUAAGGCGUAGUCAUUGUUUAGUAAGAUAAAUUGUUAGUUUUGGUCUUUUCAUGGGAUCUGUUCACAAUAAGAAAAAUAUAACAUAUCACCAGCCUUAUCCUUUAUUCUGUUUUGCUACUUUUUAAAUAUUUGAUAACUGGCUGGUUGUCAAAGCAUUCAAAAGGCAUCAGGUUCAGGAAAAUUAAAAGAAGAAUCCACCCGUGGACACUCAAAUAUAUCAAGCUGUUAUGUUCAUUCCAGGAGCUAUUUUGUUCUGAAAUGUAAUUUUUUAUGACUUCAACCAGCCUGUUUUACUUUUUUUUCAGUUAGAGAUUUCUUGUACUCUGAAACGGAUGUUUGACAACUCAUAUUAGAGGGCCGCAGGCUACAUGUCUAGUCACCAAACAGAUUUCCAGUUGUAAAAAGAGAGUCCUUAUACAAAACACAUGGCUCUCUAGUCUACUCAAAAUAUCUCUAUGGAAUAUAACGUCAUCUAUCAUUCAUAUUAUUCAUGAGAACAAAUAAAAUACACCACCAAAGAAGAAAAAUGUACCAGAAAUGCAAUACAUCACCCAGAUUAGCUGCUUUUCAAAAGAAGUUUAAUGUAUUUCUGGUGGAUUUUUUCCUUAAACGAAUAGUUUGACAUUAUGGGACAUAUGUUUAUUCAUUUUCUCGCCAAGAGCUGGAUGAGAAGAUUGAUACCACUGUUAUGUCAGUGUGUUAAGUACAGAGCUGGAGCCAGGAGGUGAUUAGCUUAGCUUAGCAUAAAGACUGGAAGCAGGAGGGAAAACAGCUAGCCUGGUUCUGUUAAAGUUUAAAACCCGCCUACCAACAACUCUAAAGCUCAUUAAGCUGUCUGUACGCAAACAGGAAGAUAAAAUAACAAGUUGUACCUUUAUGGGGAGUAACUAUUUCUUGACAAACAAUAGUCCAUCCACUCAGAACUUCUGUGCAUUGUCUUUGCUAUAUCAGAUAUCAGGAAUUUCUGAACAAUACAACACAAUAUCUGGUAACAUGUCUCCAAUGCCACCAUCACUGGCAAUUACAUCUAAAUAAAAUCCAAUAUUAACACUAAUACAACCUAUUCCGCUAGUUUAAAAGGAGCCAAAAACAGUUUGUUUCUGUUUAGCAGUUAUGGUAACCAUCUUGGAAUAACAGGAGGUUUUCCUGUGGUUCCCAUUCUGCUGAUGCAUGAAUGCAGCAUUACUGCUCCCGGCUGUUCGCCAAGAAAUAGUUACAGCGUGUUAACUUCCAGUAAGACCACAAAUUGACAAUUUUACAUUUUUAUUUUUGUACAGUUUAACAAACAAGAUAUAGUGUGUUAAUUGGUUGGCUUUACAGGUUCUGAGUCAGGCUAGCUGUUCACUCUGUGUGUGUGUGUGUGUCCCCCCCCCGUCUUUAUGCUAUGCUAAGCUAAUCACCUCCUGGGUCUAGUCCCAGACCUUACAUACAGACUUGAAAGUGGUGUCAAUGUUUUCCUCAACCGCUGCGUUCGUGUCAUAUCAAGUUAUCGUAAUUACCAAUUUCCAACUUGUAAUUAGUGUUCCCUUCAACAUCAAAGUGGUAUUAUGACUGGAAAGACUUUUUCUGAAACCUCAUAUAUAUUCAAAUUGGGUCGUAAUAAUUCGGAAGAGCCGGAAAACUAAACAAUGAAGGAUGUCUCGCGUCAGCCAAAUGUCGUUCAACGUAAUUAAACCCACAUAUAAUGGAUAUCACGUCAUAGUGUCAAUUCACAGUAUUUUUAACCUUCGCACGACCAACUGCAAUGACGUGAAGUCGUAAACGUGGGAUUCUUUCCUAUCUCUUCCAUCCAUCCCAUAUGACAUGAAAACUGCAUAACUCUCAGCAAGAAAGUGAAUAAGCGUAUUUCCCAAAAUGUUUGGAAGUGUUACAUGUUACUGUAUAAUAUUUCAUAUCUGGGAUCCUGUGUGAUUUGUUACCACCACCACACAAGUCUGCGUUCUUUCAUUAAUCAACAGAAUCACAGUCAUUUGUUUCCAUCUGCUCCCCCCAUGUGGGACUAUGUCAGGCCCCUCCCCCCACCCUUUGCUUGUCUGCCCCCCCUCCGAGGCAGAGGUGGCUAUACAGUCCUGACCAGUAUGAUCCAGUUCUCAUCCUGGGACAGAUUAGCGGUAUUGAGUGACAUCAGAGGCACAGAUGCAGCACAGCCCCGUCAGCGUGCUGUGGCUCUACAUGUACAUUAAAUCAUCAAAUCACAGAAAUAGAGUUUACAGAGCGGAUCACAAAUCGGAUACUACAUAUCACAAUAGCAAAGUCAUCACACAGCUUCAGGGGCUUAUUACAGGGUACGAAAAAGCUAUCAUAUGUAACCAAGAGGACAGUUAAUCAAAUUAUCCGAUUUGUAAACUCUGCGUCUGUGAUAUGAGCCUUCUGUCCCCCCUCAGGGUCAGUAUGGUAGGGUACUCUCAGCCCGCAGAGGGUCAAGGGCAGACCGUCCCCCGUGUUGUCCAGGAUCCUGAUUGGAUGAAAGAGGUUGAAAAAUCAAUAUCUCCAGCCUCUGCAGUCUGCCCUAUGUCUGUCUCUACUGUAUGUCACCCUCACUGUUUGUUAGCUGUUGGCAUUUUAGUGAACAAAACAUUUUACCAAAUAAACAGAGGAGGUUGAAUAUGAA